CAUACGCAUUACCAGAGAAAGAGUUCAGAAAGAAAGCGUCUCCUCUGUUUUCAUUUAGUAAAAACAAAUUAAAGUCUCUCUCUCUCUCUCUCUCUCUCUCUGCUUUUUCAGUUUUCUCCACAAAAAUCGAAAGCUGGUGUUCGAUUGCUAAGUGGGUACAAACUGAUUCAGCCUUUUUUUUUUGGUCGGUGGCGAAAAAGGAUGAAGAGAGAGACGAUAGAAGAAGUUGGAAUAAUCGGAGGAUUGGUCGGAGCUCAGGUGAUUUACGCUGGAAACUCGGAGCUACUGAGUAAGUUGUUGUCUCUUGGAGUCGACCCGCUUCUCAUUGUUAUGUUCUUAAACUUGGCAUCAUUUCUUCUCAUCACUCCUGUCGCUUUUCUCCUUGAAAGGAAACUAUGGCCCAGAAGUUUAAGUUUCAAGUUGAAGACAAAACUGAUUUUGGUUGCUCUUGUUGGAGUGACUCUGUUCCAGUGGUUAUUCAUAGAAGGAAUGAAACACACCUCUGCAUCAAUGGCGACAGCUAUGCCUAAUCUCUCUCCUGCUUUCAUAUUCGUCAUUGCUUGGGCUGUUGGGAUGGAGAAAGUGAAGCUAAGUUGCAUGUACAGUAGAGUUAAGGUGGGAGGGACAGUGUUAUGUGUGAUGGGAGCCUUCAUUAUGAGCUUAAUGCACAGUACUACUACUGCCACUUCGAGCUCGGUUGAGGCUAUGCCUAUUGUCUCUGACGACGUCGUUUUGGACAUGGAAAAGAUCUUAGGUUGCCUCUACCUCUUCCUCUCAGUCUGCUGCUUGUCCUCUAGUAUUGUCCUCCAGGCAUCAAUACUAGUCGAGUUUCCGGCGCCUGUAUCUAUGUUUUCAGUGGUAACUUUGAUCGGUGGGAUCACCAUGAUAGCUUUGCAGUAUGUUCUUAAAGGGAGUAUGGACACGGAAAGUGCAUCAGUAAUCGGUCUCGGCCACCUUGUGGGAUACUCAAUGCUGGGAGGGUUGGUGAGUGGAGGAGGGUUAAGUUUCAAUGCAUGGGUGAUUAAGAGGAAAGGACCAGUGAUUGUGUCACUCUUUAGUCCAAUUGCAACUGUGGUAUGUGUUGUUGUCUCUGCUUUCUCCAUGGAAGAGAGUUUCAACCUUGGAAGCUUUGCGGGAAUGGCGUUGAUGUUUGGAGGACUCUACUUCGUUCUGUGGGCUAAAGGGAAAGAAGAUUGUGGAGAAGGAAAUGACGAAAAAGUAGGAGAAGAAGAAAGUGUGCUUAGAACGGAGUUUGAUCUUGAGAAGCCUCUCUUGCGUUAAAGUCUUCUUUUCUUAAUGUUCAAGUGAAUUUAGUUUAGGUUUAAAGAAAGUAAGACCAGUUUUACUUUUACAGAUAAUAGAACGAUGUAUAUAUAUACAAUAUAUAUAGUAUAAAAUAUUACCAUAUACGGUAGUAUAUGUUCGUUUGUGAUA